CGGCCGGCCACGUUUCGACGGCGGCGGCACACGCCAGUUGCACGACGCCCGUCACGCGGUCGAGUGAAAAUCACGUCGGCGAAAACAAAACACGAAAGCAAUUUGUAACUGCCCCCUAGAGAAAUACGCAAUAAACAAUCACAGCUAAAUGUGUUAUUCUUAUGAUACCAAUCGAAAUAAAACAAUAAAUUUGAUUAUAAAUUAUAUUGUGAAUUGUUUAUAAACAAAAUGUGAUUAAAAUUUAUUAAAAUGUAUUUUGUGUUGUGUAAUAAACUGAAAAUUAAGUGUGAAAACAUUCAAAUUGAUAAAAAUCCAACAUAACAACAAAUUAAGAGCAUGAAAAACUCCUGAUUUCCUAUAAUUAUCCUUUAAAUUUUACUUCCAUAUGUUAAAAUGUCUAACUAUUACCAAAAAUAUUUCCUAACCUUGUUUAUCAUCUCCGUUUCCGGUACGCCAUCUUUUGACCCGACCGCCAUCUUGCGCAACGUCCUCAUCCCAGCAGACGCCGCUGUAAAUUCAAUUAUCUACCGAUUACGUGCAUCUGAUCCUGAUUUUGACUAUCCUUUAACCUUCGCCAUCGAUGGUGAAGUCACAAUUGCCUCAGUGGAUAGUCUAAACUGCUCUCGAUUGAACUCUGUGUGUCAAGCGAAUGUAAUUCUACAAAAAAGAUUAGAAGCAGGAAGAUUCUAUGACUUUCGAGUGUCUGUAACAAGUACGAAACAAAAACGCAGUGCAUUUAUGGAUUGUUCAUUCCGUGCGACAAAUGCAACCACACCAAUUGGAGAUAUUUUUCCGGGUGCACCACCAUUACUCAUGGUUUCAGAAAAUGCAAGACGUAAUAAAGAACUAGGAAGUUUAAUCGCCAGAGGGAAUAGACUGAGAGAAAAGGCUGUGUUGUUAGAAUUAUGGGGCUCACCACAGUUUGGUCUCCGGCAACGGAUUUCCGGUCAACGAGACGCAGAAGGAACGAUUAUUCUGCUUGGAUCGUUAGAUUACGAAACAAGGACUGUUCAUCAUUUAACAAUCUUGGCUAAUGAUCCUUACGCUCAACCCAACCAAGAUACUAGGAAUAUCGCAGCAUGGCCGUUGUUAGUUGCCGUGUUGGAUGAACAAGACACGCCUCCAGUGUUCACGCUAGCACCGCCCACAACACAACUGUCACCAGAUUUACAACCUGGCGAUGUCAUUUUACGAGUACAGGCUGAAGAUGGCGACCGGGGUGAACCCAGGGACAUCCGGUAUGGACUUGUGCCUGAAGGGAAUCCAUUUGUUCAGUUUUUCAACCUUUCAGAGGAUACAGGUGAAUUACGCCUUGCCAAACCAAUCAUCGACAUCCAAUCAAUAAGCCACAGUAAUAUCCCGAUUAUAUUAACUGUCGUCGCUGAAGAAGUGCGUUCCAACGCCAAGGAAAGUCCCGCCCAGUCGUCAACUGUCAAAUUAGCACUUAUCCCGCCUGCGAUUACAUCACCAUCUCCGUAUUUCAAUAAACAAACAUUCGAAACAACAAUAGAAGAGAAUUCUCCAAUUGGAACUCAACUAGACAUCGAUAUGGAGUUGAUCGGAACAACCGGAACAAUUUACUCUUUGAAAUUAGAGAAUAACAAUGGUACAUUCGAUGUGAUACCGAAUGUCAUCGAAGGACGUUCGAAAUUCGUCAUAAAAAUCCGUGAAAAUAAAAUGCUGGAUUAUGAGAAAUAUAAAUCGCUAAGUGCAAUGUUGGUUGCACAGGAACUAGGCGAAGGUAACGCAUCCUCGCGAGCAGUUUUAGAAAUUAACCUCAAAGAUGUCAAUGACAACGCGCCUGAAUUUAUGCAAAAACACUACCAUGCUGAAGUUCUGGAGAAUGCCGACAGUGGAAUGACUGUUAUCAAAGUUUUAGCUACUGAUAAAGAUCGCAGGAGUGUGAAUAUUCGCUACAGUUUAGAAGGCACGGAUUAUUUCUCUAUCGAUGAGAAAACUGGUGUUGUUACCGUGAAAAACUCACAAGCUUUAGACGCGGAAACACUUAGUCAACAUACAUUCAACGUAGUAGCUAAUGACAUAGUCCGAAAUCAAAAUGGCCGCUCAUUGUCAAGCACAGCAGAAGUUACUGUGAAUAUUCUGGAUGUGAAUGAUCAAGAACCAACGUUCGAGAAACCUUUAUACGAGUUUAUUUUAGACCAGUCUCGGAGACAAUUUACCGUACCAGCUCAUAUUACUGCCAUUGAUAAGGAUUUAGCUCCACCCAACAAUGAAAUACGAUAUGAAUUAAUUGAUAAAGUUGCUAAUCUCACCAUUGAUGAAUAUUCUGGUGAAUUAAAACUGACUGGGAACUGGAAUUACAAUGAAAUAGUUGUGGUAAAAGCAAGGGCUUAUGAUAAUGGCGUCCCAAGGUUAUUCACCGAAUGUGAAAUUCGUCUGUAUCCACCUGAGAAUGCUAAAAACUAUAAAAUGUUGUUUAUUGUCUCAGGGACAAACCCAAACAGACAGGAGUUAGAAGAUUUUCUGAGUAAACUCAUCGGGGGGAAGGUUGCUGUUAAUCUUAUCAGGCCUUACACUGGUGAUGAACCACAUGUUCUAGAUGUCUCCGAUGAAAAGGGUGGAGAGAAAUCCAUUGCGGAGACAACUGUCACCUUUGAAUCUGCGAAUAGUGUAUUGGAUAUUGAAAGGAUAACUCAGAUUCUGAAGCGACAGGAACAAGAACGUGCCAAGUUAAAGGUUUCGAUGGCAGGGGCAUGGAACCUAUGGUGGUUGUUGUUGAUUAUUCUAUUAUUGAUACUCCUGACAUGUUUGAUCAUGGUAUUGUGUUGUGUCCUAGAAGGAUGUCCCCUGUAUGUGGAACCCAAGAAGAGGAGAAGGAGAGUGUCACCUGUGGACAUAGAAAAAGUUGUUUUGGUGAAGGAUGAAGGUAUAGGUGAUGUAGAAUCUGUACCUCCUCCACCUCCAGCUCCACCUGCUCCUCAGGUGACGGUGAUACCAACACAACAACCUCCAAUGGAGAAUAGAUCUGUCCAAGUUGCAGAAUGGUUCGGUAGACGUGAAGCAUGGACCCCUGAACACAACGAAGAAGAAGAUUCAAUUCGUAGACAUGAAAUGGAUAGAGGGUCUGAAAGAGGUAGGAAGCGAGAGUAUUACAUUCGUGAAGGUGGGGCUGAUAUUCUAAGGCUAGUCACACGAGGUCCACCUACAGAAAGACCUGUAACUCUACUCCCUGAACAAACCUAUGUUAUUGAUGGAAAGGAUAUCCUCAUGAGGAGGUAUAUAGACCAACAACAACAACAACUUCAACAGAAUACUUUACAUCGUAUUCAGAGUGAGCAUGAACUCUUGGAAGAAAGUCUACGACAACAGAAUGCUAUUCUACGACAGAUAAUCCUAGAACGUGAGAGAGAUUUAAGGUUAGAAACACAAAGUCUACCAGCUGGGACUCAGACAGAUCAUAAUGCAAGUACUCAGACUGAGUUUGUAUAUUUAAGACCUCCUGCAAGACAAACAAGGUCUGAUAAUGAUGCUUCAUCAGACGAUGAAGAUCAUACUAAAUACAGAAAACGUAGAGCACAUAAAAACGCUAAGAGAAAAAUACGGACUCCGAUUCAGGAAGAGUCAGAACAUGAUCAUGAGUAUAACCACUCUGCGGAACCUAAAAGAAGACAAAGUACUUCUUCAAUGACAAGUAAAAAGAAGUACAACCAAACUAGGUCAAGUAUUCUACGUCAAAUGAAGUCGGAGAAUGUUAAAAACUCCAGGAGUACUUCAAGUAGAAGUUUAAAGAAAGAGGUCCUACAGGAAAUCUCAGAUUCAUUGAAUCAAAGUGAAUCUGAAGAGGAUGAAGAUCCUCAGUUGGAAGAUUCUUUAGAAUAUACAUCUCCCGAGGUGGGGAGGAUGACAGAAAGGACACAAAGUGGACGUAGAAGAUCGGAGAAUGACUUACCUCUAGGAAUGGACCAUGAAAUGACCCAAAACAAAAACAAAGCGUUUAGUACUCAAGAUUUAACUAGGUUAUCAUUGUCAAGGGCAUCUAAUUCCAGUCAAAGGUCACGGAUACCCUUAAGAAAGAAACAAUCAGCUAGAUACAUGGAAUGGUACAAACCCAACACCGGGAGGUCUUCAAAUGGUGGAUCCAAUGGUUCUAAGUCAAAACUACCUAAACCCAUAGUAACUAAAAAGCCUAAAGAAGAAUUAAAAACCACAGCAACCAAAGUUUCAAAGAAAACUGUCCAACAAGACAAGACACAGAAAGCUUUUGAGUUACCAACUGCCCCUGGUCCAGAACAUCCCUUAAUCCAACAUUCAAAGAAUAGGUUUGAGUCUUCGCUAACAAUGCCACCUACCGUUAAGAAAACUAAAGAUAAAACACCUCCGAAAAAGAUUUCCGUUGGAGCUGCACCAGGAAAUGCUAAUAAUGCUGGAGUGGCUCCAAGUGUGGAUGCAGAUGUAGAUUCUGGGAUUGCUUUGACUACUAGACCGGCAAUGGCGCAGAAGAAGAGUGUUUUUACGAUAGCCUACGAUGACAUGGCAACUAGACAGCUACCGGAAAGCAUAUCCACCACACCUUAGAUAAUUUUUCAAAUUAAUAAUAAAAUUAGUUAGGUUAUAGUGAAAGUAAUUUUUGUACUACUAUCAAAUCUAUUUAUAAUAUCGCCUUAGAUGAAAUUCGAUGUUUAUUUUUAUGCUACACCAGAAUAUUUUAAUAUAUUGUAAAUAAUUAUUAUAUUGUUAGGUAUUUAUUAAUAAAUCUACUUUUUAAAAACUUCA